CAUAUGUAACGCUGUUGGCUGGUUGAAUUUUUAGGACCGGAAACGAUGGGUGUGUAUCCGGAGUAGCUAGAUAUUCAAAAUCGAAAGACUUUUCAGAAAGACCGGUGAUUAUGGAGCUGCGGCCGUUGGUCAUGUGCUUUGCGCUGUGCGUGGUCUAUGCCUUUAGUAAACCCACCAUCGAGAAAAAGGACCGCGUCCACCAUGACGACCCGCUUAGCAACCGCGACCAUGAAGAUGCAGAGAACUUUGAUUACGACCACGAGGCGUUUCUAGGACAGGACGAGGCCAAGACCUUCGAUCAGCUUACACCAGAGGAGAGCAAGGAGAGACUUGGUAUGUUGGUAGAGCAUAUAGAUGAGGACAGGGAUGGGUAUGUGUCAGUAGAAGAGAUGAAAAAGUGGAUCAAACACAGUCAGAAGAGGUGGAUCUAUGAGGAUGUGGACCGCCAGUGGAAAGGUCAUGACCAUAAUGGAGAUGGACUUGUGUCCUGGGAGGAGUACAAGAAUGCUACAUAUGGAUACAUUAUGGAUGAUCCAGACCCAGAGGAUGGCUUCAGCUUCAGACAGAUGAUUUCACGUGAUGAGAGGAGAUUCAAAAUGUCUGACCUGGAUGCUGACCUGAAGGCCAAUAAAGAGGAGUUUACAGCCUUCCUCCAUCCUGAGGAGUACGACCAUAUGAAGGAUAUAGUUGUACUGGAGACCAUGGAGGACAUUGAUAAGAAUGGAGACGGCUUUAUAGACCUGGAGGAGUACAUAGGUGACAUGUAUAACCAAGAGGGGGAUCCGUCAGAGCCAGAGUGGGUGAGGACAGAGAGAGAACAGUUUACUGAGUUCAGAGACACAAACAAAGAUGGCCGCAUGGACAAGGAGGAGACCAAAGACUGGAUCCUGCCUUCAGACUAUGAUCACGCAGAGGCAGAAGCCAAACACUUGGUCUACGAGUCAGAUAAUGACAAGGAUGGCAAACUGACAAAGGCAGAGAUCGUUGAGAAGUAUGACCUCUUCGUUGGUAGCCAGGCUACUGACUUUGGAGAAGCCUUGGCAAGACACGAUGAAUUCUAACCCUUCUACUUCCCAUACUGGGUUGGGCUCAAUUCCAAUUCAACUCAGUCAUGGAAUUUAAAAUCUCAAUUUUAAAGUAGCGCACUAUAUGGAGUGACAUUUGAGAUGGAGUUUUUCACUCUGAUGCCAAGGACAAUUUAUUUGAUUUCCUGGCCUAUUAUACACACUAGUGAAUGCAUUACUUUGUACUAAGUAGUACACAAUCAGGACACCUUGUUCCAGCUCUGCCUCCACCACCCUCUCGGACAAUGGAAAGGAUAUUUCCUUUGGCUUGUCUUUUUGUUUGCAGAGCAACUUUGUUAUAAAAAUUUAAAAAAAAAGAUUUAUAGAAGACAGUGUUUGUUCAAACAAGGUUACAAAAACAAUAUCGUGCAUGCAAUUAUGUGCCGAACUGCGUGUUGGGGUCAAUUCAGUGUUCAAUUUAGGAAGUGAAAUAAAAUGUAAUAGGAAACUAAUUGAAUUGAUUUCAACCCUGGUGUGUGUGUAUAGGGGCGGCAGGGUAGCCUAGUGGUUAGAGCGUUGGACUAGUAACCGGAGGUUGCAAGUUCAAAUCCCCGAGCUGGCAAGUUACAAUCUGUCGUUCUGCCCCUGAACAGGCAGUUAACCCACUGUUCCUAGGCCGUAACUGAAAAUAAGAAUUUGUUCUUAACUGACUUGCCUAGUUUAAUAAAGGUAAAAUAUAAAUAGCUGCGUGUGUAUUCUGCUAUGCACUGCUAUUGGCUGAUGCAUGAAGAUUUUCAGGCACACUCCUUGGAUUACAACCACUAACCCUGGCAGGAUUGGCCACUAUGAAGGGGAGCUAUAACAGGGGGGGGGCACUUCGAGUUGAUACGCAGACCAGCAAUGUGGCCAAUCCUGCCAGGGUUAGUGGUGUAAUCCAAGAGUGUGCCUCAAUCUUCAUGCAUCGGCCAAUAGCGGUCCUCUGUGACCCCUGUGUGCAGGUUUUAGUCCCUUGGUGAUGCUUAAUUAGGGGUUUCUCAACUUUAGUCCGAGAACCUCCUGGGUCAUACAUUUCUGAUCUAGUCCCUGUAUUUGCGCAACAUAUUCUGUGCUAGUACAUAUUCUGUGCUGGGACAUCCUGUUUUAUUUUGGAAUCUGCUGAAUUCUAUGCUGUGCCACACUACACAAUCAUACACAUACUACACUAUGUUUGGAGGAUUAUUAAAGUCAGAUUUCCCCUCAGGCUUCUUUAGUUAUCGUUGUCAUAACUGUAUAAUGCCCCUCACUGUAUGACCAUCUAUAACCACUGUUAUUGGUCUGGUUCAACUUGACUUAAACUCUCUGUUAUAAGGGCUAUUUAACACUGCCAUAAUAUCAUAAACAGUCAUGACUGUUGGUGUAAAAUCAGUUGUGAUAAAUUGACACAGUAUGAUUGUUUAUGACAUGUUAUGUAGCCCUUAUGACAGAGGCUUCUAGUAAAGUGUUUGCGUUGUUUUAUAUAAUGUAUAUGAUAUAGCUGGGUUUUUUUUUACACACAAUGCAGUGCCAUGCCUGUCACUGGUGACUGCCCUGUACAUACAUUGUCACCUAUUUGUCGACAGUGUGUGUGCUGUUACCAAUCAUAUGGAGAAGUGUUUUUCUGAUUAAAAGGAUUUUGUGGAA